AUGUCGAAACUCGACCUCAAGCUCGGAGGUUGGGGAGAGGAAAACCAACCAAAGGAUAGUAUUGACACCGAUGCGCCCGUAUCUUCAGAGAGUAAACCCAUAUCCCGAUUCGACGGCCAUGAGUUCGGAUACAGAUAUGUCGGGACCACGGAUUACAGUCAAGAGAAGGUAUUCCAAAUCCUAAACGACUACCUUCAGCCUGACACGAAGACGUCUCUUGACUCCGCCGUCCACUGGAUUCUCGCGCUGCUGCCGGAGAAGGAGCCCUUGUCAACAGAAGUCUGGGACGUCGGUGAAGUCGUACUGCAGCUUGCCGAGCAGAUACCCUACCACCAUCCGUCCCAGAUCAAGUUGGCCCGUUUCAUGGAGGAGCUUACUCUCUCGCCGAAACUCACAACCGAGCUAUCUGAAUCGAAUGUAUUGUACAUGCGCGGCCAGCGUUUCAAGGAGUCGCUGCGCGACUGGUAUAAUGGCCCUGGCGAGGACGCGCCGCAAGAGUGGCCGAAUCUCAACGCGUUCUUUGCACAUGAAGCAUCAACGCAUAUCCGACCUCAUCAACCCGACUUUGCCAUCUGGACUCUGCGCGACGCGUUCGAGAAUCCUGCGGAGCCGAUACAUUGGAGUGCCUCGUUCAAGGGGAUGCGAGAUCAGCAGAUCAUUGCGGCGGCCCAGUAUAUCCUCUGGGACGGACAAGAGCUCUUCAAGCAUGUCCUAUGCCCGAAUUCAAUGGGGGAUACGAAGGGCUGGGAACCCGGUCUAUUAUAUUUUGGCGACGCUUCGCUUUCUUUGAAGAGAUGGCGGUUCUGGAAGGACAGGUUCAGGAAAGCGGCUGGAGAGGACAGCGGCAUGAGUGAUGAAUGUAGGAAUGUGUCUACAAAAGCGGCAACUUUGAUGGAGGCACUCGAGGCGAGUAUGAUAUUCUAG